AUGGCGGCCCGCGAGAGGAGACCGCAGGGCCAGCAGCAAGCGCAGCAGCAGUCCACGCCCGUGGAACUGGACAAGGAGAAGCUAAAGAAGGCCUUUGACAUCUCCCACUUCGACCUGAACGCCAUCCUGCGAGGCGUCCAGCUCACCCUGGUUGGAGCUCACCGGGCCCUCCAGAAUCCUGCUCUUUUCAGUUCUCAGCACUAUCGCCAGGCCGCAAUCGCCGUGGGAGCUGGUAUAGCAAUCCGUCUUGCCAUCUAUAUCCCAAUCCUCGGGGUCCGCGUCUUCCUCUGGUUCCUGUCUCUCAUCUUCCGCCUUGAUUCUGUCAGCUGGGAUGACAGGAUCCUGGAAGGGCUCGAUUUCAUUGCAAACUAUGUCUUGCAGGUGCCGCUCUUCCUCAUGACGCUGAUGCGAUAUGCCACGCCGACUCUAGACAACCUGUUCAUGGAGUCACUGAGAUGGGUCGAUGUGACCUACGUCCAGAAGCAUAAGCACGACGACCCCAAGGAGCUGCGGGACAUGUACUAUCCCAACCUGAGGCAAUACUCCACCCGUGAUGGGAGCACUCACACGACCAGCACCGCCGAGGCCAUCUCCAUGUUCCUGUACAGGUUCGCUCGCAAGGCUGGCAUCUCUCUCGCCGUCUACCUCAUGUCAUACCUGCCCGUGGUCGGUCGCUUCGUCCUGCCCGCAGCCAGUUUCUACACCUUCAACAAAGCGGUUGGCCUCGGCCCGGCCUCCGUCAUCUUCGGAACGGGCAUCUUCCUACCGCGGAGAUACCUCGUCAUCUUCCUGCAGACCUACUUCUCGUCCCGCAGCCUCAUGCGUGAGCUGCUUGAGCCCUAUUUCGCCCGCAUCCGCUUCAACAAGCAUGAGAAGCGCAACUGGUUCCGCAGCCGCGAGGGACUGCUGUUUGGAUUCGGGAUCGGCUUUUAUACCUUGCUUCGGGUGCCACUGCUGGGUGUCCUCAUCUAUGGCAUCGCCGAGGCUUCGACCGCGUAUCUGAUCACCAAGGUCACGGAUCCGCCGCCACCUUCGAACCGCAGUGAUGGUUUCGCAGCCAGCCAGCAGGAGUGGAGAAACAAACAAAAGUUCCUCAGCCUACCACUGUCAAGUCUGGAUAAGAUCCAUGACGAGCCACCCGCGUAUUCCGAAGUGGAUCCCCAUCCCGAGUCCCGGCCGGCCGAACUCUAG